CCACUGAGCCCAACCUUUUUCUAUAGGCAAGGAAAUAUAGGGCCCAAUCUCUGAUGGUGUGAGAAAGCCCAAACAAUGAAUAAGUGAGUGACCAUCGGCUUUUCGAGGGGAAAAAAAGGGUGAAAUAAAAGAGGGGAAGGGACAAGAAAAAAACGGAAUUAUCGACGCAUCAGGAGCUUCCACAGUCCAUCUCCGGUCGGUAGACCCAAAUCGAAGCCUACACGAAGAACUUGACUAAUUAAUCUGCGGACGAUGUUUCGAAGGACCCUCCUCAGGUCGGGGCUGCUGGCUGAGUUUCACAGACAAGCUUCUGGGGCCCUUGGAUCUCGUAGGCCAAUCCAUGCGUUUCCCCAGAUUCCGCAGAAUGGCCAUGCCUAUACAGGCUAACCCUCGAAAGUUUGUUGGACGUUCUGCAUCCCUCUCCCCAUCGCCAUUUUCAUCAUAUAACGCGACAAGCCUCACCCAUUCCUCAAUUUAUGGGAGUGUAUCCAAUAAUCUCACUCCGACACACGCUCUAAAUCUCACGAGACCCAUUAACUCCGGGAAACCAGCUGAAGACGAGGCUGGAAGAACCCCUCUCCUCCGGUCCAUGGACUACGUCAAGGGAUUGCUCCACGAGAGGGGGAAUGGCUUGAAUGGGCGGGCCCCACCCCAGCAGAGAGGGACCAGCAUCGGUGGGCGGGCCCCGCCCUACCAGCAGCCCCUUCAGCUGGAGGCAAAUGCGGACGUUGUCCACAUCAGGCUGAUGCGCAACAACGCCUUUGUGACGGUCACGGACUCCAAGGGGAACAAGAAGUUUGGGGUCACAGCUGGACAGCUGGCGGGGAAGGGCGGCAAGGUGGGGAGGUACUCGGGGGAAGCAGCUGCCGAGAAUGCGGGGCGGAAGGUGAGGCAGAUGAAGACUCGGUCGGUGGUUGUGAAGGUGAACGGGUUCACGUUUUUCAGGAGGAAGAAGGACGCGAUUCUGAGCUUCAGGGAUGGGUAUUCUAACUCGAGGAGUGAUGUGAACCCUGUCGUGUAUCUUGAGGACACGACACGUAAGCCGCACAAUGGGUGCCGUCUCCCCAAGAAACGCCGCAUAUGA